UAAAAAACGUUGUGUCGAUUACACGAUUUUUCUUAUUAGUAUUAAGUUAUUUUUCUUACGUUUUGCAGUGGAAAGGGCGAGUCAAGGAUCGACUAUCCGCGUUAUUAAACAUAAAACUACUGUAUUACAAUUUUGACUUUAAUAUCUUCUUUACAGUCAAAUGGAUUUACAAACAGCUGAAGCUGUAGCUAUUGCUUUCUGCAAUCAUUAUUAUGGCAUGUUCGAUACCGAUCGAUCCAGUUUAGCAUCUUUAUUUUAUGAAUCUUCAUUAAUGAAAUUUGAAGGAGAUACGAAAAUUGGAGUUGAAGCAAUAAUGAAAAAGUUAUUGGAGCUUCCUUUUAAAGUUGUAAAGCAUAUCCCAACAACAGUUGACGGUCAACCAACUAUAGAUAAUGGUGUUUUGAUUACCGUUAAUGGACAGUUAAAGACUGAUGAUGAUCCACCACAUGCAUUUUCUGAAAUGUUUCAUUUGAAAAAUUCAGGAGGAGGAUGGAUUAUAUUAAAUAAUGCGUUUAGAUUAAGCAUACACAACAGUUAAAAUUUUCAAUGGAGUUGUCUACAGAAAAAUCUUAAUAAACAGUUUUACAUCAUAUAAAAUGGAAAUUGUUGGUUUUUUAAAUAAUCGGUUUUGUUCAGAUUUUAUAAAUUGAUUGCUUUUUUUCUGUAAAGAAACCGAAAGCAAGAACAAGAAAAGUUAAUUUUUACUUCAUUGUAGAAAUGAAUUGUAAAUUCUAAUAUUUUUGUUGUGUCAAAGUUUUUUUAAUUUUAUUGUUCUUUUUCUGGAUGAAAAUAAAUAAUAUUUAAAA